AUGAGAACAGGUUUAGUGGUGUACUUGGGAGAUGUAAUAACGGCAAACAACUUAGCAACUGAUGUCUUUUGGAGCAUUCUGGAGCAUAUGGGACGUGAGGAGCAUGGAGGACUUGGGCAUGGACGCAGCUCAACUGGAUACGCAAAGGAAGAAGGAGGAAGCCAUCUUGAAGACCAGCUCGACCACCUACUCGACCAACCGGUCGAGUUCCUCAACUCGACCGGCCAAGCUUCAACUCGAUCGAGCUGA